GAGGUGACGCGCUAUAGUCAACACCACACAAAGUGCAAUAUUGUAAUUUAUCGAGUUUUUUUCUGGUUGAGAUUUCUAGUGGAUGUUUUUUUACUGUAUUCAGUAUGUAAUUAAUUUGAGAUUUUGAACUGUAUUUAAAAAUUCCGUCCUGUUUUUUUUUUUCAAGAAUAUCGUCUGUCAGAGCCAGAAUACAUUUCAGUGUUAUACAGCUUCUUUUACUUAUUUAAUUUCAUACCGCAGCGGAACUGAUUAUUUUCUGCAUUUUGAGUGUUUGAUUCUACCCGGAGGUUGUUUUGAAGAGUGAAGAAGGUGGCAGUUUUUUUCUGAAUGUGAUGUAGUUGUUUGUUUGAAACUAGGUUAACAUAUAAUAAAAAAUAAUUAAACAAAACAGUACAUUAAGCCGUCUUGUGUAUAUUUUAAAUACAUUAUAAAAGAAGAAGAAAUAAGAGAUGUUUAAAAACACGUUCCAGAGUGGGUUUCUGUCUAUCCUGUACAGCAUCGGUAGCAAACCUCUUCAGAUCUGGGACAAAAAGGUGAGAAAUGGACACAUUAAAAGGAUAACGGACAGUGACAUCCAGUCGCUGGUUUUGGAGGUUGAAGGCACAAAUGUCAGCACUACGUAUAUCACAUGUCCAGCAGAUCCAAAGAAGACACUUGGUAUCAAGCUUCCAUUCCUGGUCAUGAUUAUCAAGAACUUAAAGAAGUAUUUCACAUUUGAAGUCCAGGUGCUGGAUGACAAGAACGUCAGACGCCGUUUUCGGGCGAGUAACUACCAGAGCACCACCCGGGUGAAGCCGUUCAUCUGCACCAUGCCCAUGCGACUGGAUGACGGCUGGAACCAGAUCCAGUUCAACCUGUCUGAUUUCACACGCCGGGCGUACGGGACCAACUACAUUGAGACCCUCCGAGUGCAGAUUCAUGCAAACUGUCGUAUUCGAAGAGUGUAUUUCUCAGACAGACUGUACUCGGAAGAUGAGCUUCCAGCAGAAUUCAAACUUUACUUACCCGUCCAGAAUAAAGCAAAGCAAUGAAGUCAGCAGUUUCAACCCAGAUGUUAAAUAUUUACCUUUAGAUCCUGCACUAGAAUGAGAUAAGAACAGUCUCUUAUACAGUCAGUUUUUUUACUACUGAUACCUUAAUUUGUGACCCACGUGAUUGCCUCUGUAUUCAGCAAUUAAAGAUGUUUAUAUAACAAA